CGCCGGAACCAUUUAGGGUAAAGCCGUGCAACGACAAUCUCUCUUCUCGGUGACUACCAUCCAAACGAAAGUAUCGAAGGCGAAAGGGAACAGUUGGCAUGCAAUCUCUGUACCCUUUCUUGUAACUCGAUAGUAAAUCCAGUUUUUCGUCUGUUCUAUUAUGCCCACUAUGGCUACUGAAAAAUCAAGCGUUUCAUUGGCUGAAGAAAUCAAAAUCCAAGCUAAUGAAGCUUUUAAAGCCAAUAAGUUUUCUCAAGCAAUUGAUUUGUAUACACAAGCAAUCGAGAUAAACGGUGAAAAUGCUGUAUAUUGGGCGAAUCGAGCUUUGGCUCACACUAAGUUAGAGGAGUAUGGUAGCGCAAUCCAGGAUGCAUCCAAGGCUGUUGAGAUUGACCCCAAGUAUUCUAAGGGUUAUUACCGGCGAGGUGCUGCAUAUCUUGCAAUGGGAAAGUUUAAAGAUGCACUCAAAGAUUUUCAACAGGUAAAGAGAAUAUCUCCAAAUGAUCCAGAUGCUUCAAAGAAAUUGAAGGAAUGUGAGAAAGCUGUUAUGAAGCUCAAGUUUGAAGAAGCAAUCUCUGUACCUACUUCAGAACAACACUCAGUAGCUGAAUCUAUCGACUACCGAACCAUAGGCACGGGCACAGGCUCAUCAUAUCAUAGCUCUCAGGUUACUGCUGCAGCAGUAGCACUAGUGGCUGUAGUGAUGCUGGUGGUGGGGCCCAUUGCAGCCACUGUGGUGGCAUUUUCAACAAUCACAACUUUUUUGGUGGUCAAAUUCAACAACUCUGGUUGGACUUGGUGGGAGGAUGGCUCCACUCCUGGUUUCUUAACCAAGAGUCAAGUACUCAACAUAGAUGUGGAGCCACAGUAUACUGGAGCAAGAAUAGAUGGAGAUGUGGUGACUUUAGAUUUUGUGAAGAAAAUGAUGGAUGACUUCAAGAAUCAGAAAUGCUUACACAAACGGUAUGCCUUCCAGAUUGUUCUACAAACGAGGGAAAUCCUAAUGGCAUUACCUUCUCUUGUUGACAUAAAUGUUCCAAAUGAAAAACACUUCACUGUUUGUGGUGAUGUUCAUGGUCAAUUCUUUGACCUUAUCAACAUCUUUGAGCUCAAUGGCCUCCCUUCAGACGAAAAUCCUUAUCUCUUCAAUGGUGACUUUGUUGACCGUGGCUCCUUCUCUUUAGAAGUUAUUCUCACACUGUUUGCCUUCAAGUGUAUGUCUCCAUCAGCCAUACAUCUUGCUAGAGGAAACCAUGAGAGCAAAAGCAUGAACAAGAUUUAUGGGUUUGAGGGAGAGGUUAGGUCAAAACUGAGUGAUAAAUUUGUGGAGCUUUUUGCUGAGGUUUUCUGUUAUUUACCAUUAGCCCAUGUUAUAAAUCACAAAAUAUUUGUGGUUCAUGGGGGUCUCUUUAGUACUGAUGGUGUCAAGCUCUCUGACAUUAGAGCUAUUGAUCGCUUCUGUGAGCCUCCAGAGGAAGGGUUGAUGUGUGAGAUAUUAUGGAGUGAUCCACAACCUAACCCUGGUAGAGGACCAAGCAAACGUGGUGUAGGUCUCUCUUUUGGUGGAGAUGUAACAAAAAGGUUCUUGAAGGAUAAUAAUCUAGAUUUGGUUGUGCGAUCUCAUGAGGUGAAAGAUGAAGGGUACGAAGUUGAACAUGAUGGAAAACUCAUCACUGUUUUCUCUGCUCCAAACUAUUGUGACCAGAUGGGAAACAAGGGUGCUUUUAUUCGAUUUGAGGCCCCCACCAUGGAGCCCAAGAUUGUCACAUUUUCAGCUGUGCCACAUCCUGAUGUGAAGCCAAUGGCAUAUGCAAGCAAUUUCCUGCGCAUGUUCUCUUAAGGAUGGUUUUUGAUUGGUGAAGAUGAUGGAUGAAGUGAAAUGCUUUCUCUAAUCUACAAUUGCACAUAUUGCAUGAAACUUCUGGGACACGUGCUGUUUUUGUUUUUUUUUUCCUCCCUCUUUUUGUUAAUUUUACGUGUUUCCAUUUAUAGUUAAAUGUAAUGGAAAAUCAGGGUUGCAUGAAUUAAGAUUAAGGACGUUUUGUAUAAUGUGUUUCUGUUUGUUUUAACCCUGUAUUUAUUAUCAUUUUCUUAGAAACUUUGGUUUUUUUAUCCUUUCUUUUUUAAACUUCAAGACACCAAUUAAAUUGUGUAGAACAAUAAAGAACUUAUGCUUACUUCCUUUGUCA